CUGAUAGAAUAGAAGUUGUGUGUCCAUCGUUAAGGAGUUAGAGGAGGUAAGGUCCCUAAAAUGGUAACUCUGUUGCCGUUGCUGCGCAGGAGCAAUGAACAGGUAUUCCUUCUUCUGCACGUGUCUGGCGAUGAUGUAUUAGGGUUUUCACAUGUACAUAUAUAUAUAUAUAAAUAUUCAUGUGUGUAUAUAUCUAUAUAUAUACACACAUUACCUGGUUCAGAAGGUAGCUAAGUUUAGGGUUUUCAUUUUCUCUCUCUCAAUUCUUCUGUAGUUCUGUCUAAUUGUUUUAUUUAUGAAUAUGAGCAUAAGUUGCACAUUUAUGUCAACACACGCUGUUUUGUAUUUGUUUUCUCAUUUGUAGAUUAUAAUAGGUUACAAAUUGUCUUACAGUUGCAAAAUAAAUUACUGUCAUAAAAAUGAUAUAUACAUAUGUGUGAUUCUUCAAUAACUUAGAAAAAUAAUGAGGAGGAUCUUAUUAUUUGUUGUAUCGUGAAAUUGACAUGUCUUUGUUUGAGAUUAUCAAUCCAGAUUCCAGAAGUUUCUAUUUACGUAGAGGAUUUGAAGUGUAUUGCAUGUUUAUGCGUGUGCAUUUGUAUAUAGACAUAUAUCACAUCGGAAUUGGACUAAUUCUUCUAUUUGUAGAUUAGGAUUUGAUACAAAUUGUCGUAGAACUAUUUGGCAUUGAUAUUGAUAUGUGGAGGGUUCUUCAGCAAACCAAAUAGGAUCAUUAAAUGUUGCUCUUUGCUGAUAAAAUGAGACUUACGGCUUGCCUUUUGAGCUUUUAGUACCUGAUCCGAAUCAUCUGUUUGUGACAUAACAAUGUUCUAGAAAUUGACAAUAAGAGAUACAGAAACAAUGAUGUUAGAAGUUGUAAUCCCACUCAAGGAGAUGCAGAAGUUAGAGAUGAAAUAUGGUGUUCACAUUCAAAUGGAAGCUCUGAUGCUUGCUUGUGAUAUUGUUGUGAGAUACUCUGAUGCUUUGUUGUCCAACAAAGCAGAAGCAAAUGACUGCAGCCAAAAGGUGAUGGUGCUUCUGCAAAAGAAGGCAGUCGAGCUGCUGCAUGGAGCCUGUGCUACAAUGAGACAUGAUCUUGACGUAAAUAUGGAAGAGAAUCGUCUGGAUGAAGCUGAAUACUUGCUUUAUCGCACUCUGCUUGAGUUAAAUGAGACCAAAAGAUAAAACGAUUUGGGCAGUCAAAGUUGGAUUCCUCGUGUAGAAGAAGAAUAUAUUGGUUUUAUGGAUUUCUGGGAUGGAUUUGUGGAAAAGUGGAAGCCUCUACUGAUGCAGCAGGGAUCAGCAGAAAGAGCUCAAGAAAUUUUCAUCAUGGAACAGUUGCGCUCAGGGCUGGUCUCAUAUUUGCAGGAGGUGGAAGCUGCUAAGAAGAGGUUUCAAUAUUCUUCGGUGGUUCUAGACCUAAGUGACGAUUUAUCUUCCCUUGUUAAUUCAACUUGCAAACGCAUCAAGGAAAAUGCAACUGUUAAACCAUAUACUGUUGCAGAGGGUAUUGGACAGAGAUUGCGGAAGAGGUUUGGUGGACAAGAUCAUGUUAUUGAUGCAGUCACCAAUGCCUUGUUGAGUUGUCUGCCUCAUGAAAGCCGGCAUCACCCUAUUGGAUCAUUUCUCUUCUUUGGUGGUGCUCCUUAUGGCAGGCCAGAGUUUAUUGAAGCUCUCACCGAAGAGCUGUUUGACAGCAAGGACCUGCUGGUAAGGUUUGAGAUGUCAGAUUACAGUGAUUCACACUGUUCUCAGUGUGAUUCAUUCUUUGUCGAUGUUCGCACCAGAGACUACAACCAUGAAGAACAUGGUAUCAGGGGAGAACUCAUAAAGGUUGUUAAGAGCAGGCCCUUUGGUGUUAUUUUAUUUGAAAAUGUUGAGAAGGCCAAUAAUCAUGCUAUUGAAACUCUGCUUGACAUAUUGAGGCAUGGUAGACUGACAGACAGUCAGGGUGACAAAGUUGACUUUACCAAUAUGUUGAUUAUCAUGACUUCAGAUGUUGUAAUGAAUAAUGUCCCCUUAUGGUGUUGCGAUUGUUUAGAGAAGGAUCAAUAUCGCCCCAUGAAGUGUAGGUUGAAACAUUAUUGUGACGUUCCAAUUGACCAUAUGUGCGGGUUCCUCCAUGCCUAUUUAGAGGCAGAUAAGUGGUUUCAAAGUAAGUUGCUUGAAGAAUUGGACGAUGUUGUUGUUUUUAAUGGACUUUCCGAGCUGCAUUGUCAUGUUAUUGCUAGGUUGCAGUUGAGGGAAUUAACCGAAGCCAUGAGGCCAAGAAGGCUUAUUGUGUACCCAUCUGAAGCUGCAUUGCGAAGUAUUACCAGGAGGUCCUUUUGCCGCACAGCACGUAGAGAGGGUAUGAAGAUGUGGCUAAAGGAGAAUGUGGUCCCUGUGGUGUUUAAUCUACUUGCAGAGAAUAAGACAAGUGAUGGUAUUACCACCAUUUACAUUGAUACCCUAGUGGGAACAGAUGAACUAUGUUACAGAAUGGAGAAAAGUCCAGUGAAUUUUUUCAUUUUCAUGCACUUCAAAGAAUCUUUGAAUGAGUUGAGAAUGAUAUAUAAGAAAGAGAAAGAACGUGCCUGCAAGAUAUACACUUUAAAAAGAAAGUAUUUUGAAUUGAUAACUAUGGAUUCUGGUGAAGAUUUGGUCCAUGUCGUGGAGGGGGUUCAAGAUUUGGUUGAUACAGUGGAUGAUAUUGAGCAAAUUCAGACGUCAACUUUACGUGCAAAAACUAUAGACUGACAUCAGUGAGCUUCUUAAAUCAGGAGGCAGAGGUUAGGCAGUGGGAGUUGGCGUCUGAGAGGGCUAGGAAUGAGGUGGAUGGUCUUCAAAAAGUACUGGACAUUAAUCUUGAUGGGAUCUAUCAAGCAGUUGAUGUUGUGGCAGAGGCUUUAUUGAGGACCAUUCAUGGACCUCAUGAUACGCUCCAUUAUCCUGCCAAGUCAUUUCUAAUAUUAGGUCUUACAAGUGCUGGUAAGGCAGAUCUUCUAAAAGGUCUUGCUGAGCUUUGUGCAGCCGAUGGGGUGACAUCUGUGAUUCUAAUCAAUGCGGAAGAACACCAAGAAUCUGACUCAUUUUUGCAGCUUAUGGAUGGAGCACUCUGGCAUGAUAGCCAUGAGCAACAUGGUUUGGGGCUUCAAGAAGCUGUUAGGGUGAAACAAGGAUGCAUUAUCCUUAUUGAUCAGAUUGAAAAGGCUCACAUGUCUGUAUUCAGCACUAUACUUUCAAUGCUUGACCACAGUACUGUGGAAGACAGUCGAGGAAGAAAGAUCGAUUUCAGGGACACUGUUGUAGCCAUUAUUUCAGAUUUGGGAAACAGACCAAUUUUAUCACGCCUUGCAGGACAUGCUUAUGGUGGUAGUGUUCCGAGAGGCCGCAUGAAACAGGAUGGAAGGCCUUUCAGAACUGAGUUGCUGAAUCGGGUAGAUGAGACUCUCAUAUAUAAUCCCUUUGCUGAGAAGCAACUUAAAGAAUUUUCGAGGUUAUCAAUGAGGGUUGGGCGUCAUCUGGAAGGAGAACACUGCAUUUUUCGAAGCAUUAUUUUGUCUGUUUAA